AUGAAGUUCUUCGCCAAACUCCUAGCUCUUACGGCAGCUACUGCUUUCGCCGCCCCCAGGCACGAGAUCAAGCACCGAGAUCUCGUCGCCGAUGACGCUCCACAACAGGACGACCCGAAUUUCAUUAGCGCCGUCAUGCGAGCCCAUUGGUACUGGCGCAAAUUGCAUUGUGCGCAGGACCUUAUUUGGGACACUGAGCUUGCCGACGCCGCGCGGGCUGACAUUGAAGAGUGUCCAAAGGACCCUGAACACAAACGCUCCGGCAGUAACCUCUCUUCCGUGAACCCACCUCCUGACGGUUACGACGCUUGGAUCGAGUUCGCCCGCACUGCCACGCACGGCUGGCACGAAGAGGAGACCAAGUACCCCUACGACAACCCACAUUUUGAUGCAGCAUGGGGUCACUUCACGCAGAUGGUGUGGCGCAACAGCACACGUCUUGGCUGUGCUCUUGGACACUGCGACGACGGCGUUAAUUGGCCGGGUCGCUUCUACUGCUACUACUCGUUCUUUGGCAAUAACAUUGCGGCUGGGCAGUUCGAGGCUCAGGUUUGGGCGCCUGUAUGCAGUGACCCCAGUGUUGGCGAGGUCCAGGCGCGUGAGGACGUCAACUUCGACUGGAAGCGAGUCUGA